GACUUCAACGAAUUGCCGUCGCGCUGACGGAGAGAAUCGCGUGACGCAGAGCACCAUGGGACGAAGGAAGGAAGGAACGAAGGACAGAUAGGGAGAUUGGAAGAUAGAACAGAAGGGCAAAUUGGUGGAGAGAGCCAUGGAGUCUGCGCUCGCGCUCAAAUUCCACCUUCCUCCAGCUCCGACGUGCGCUCGCGCUCGUGUCCGCGAGCUACGACGUGCACGUGGACAUUUCACUCGUGGGUCGUCGUCGUCGUCGUCUGUGUCCGUGCUUUUCCACAAGGCCGUGCGGGAACCCGCAUCCCGUCGAGGGAUGUCUCUCACGCCAGUUUGCUUCUUCGGCGGCUUCUUCGGCCGCAACAAUGAGGGCCCUCCGCCGAGAUCGGAGUUUCAGUACCACGACUCCUCUCCACCAUUUCCGAGCUCGCUUUUAUCUGAUACCUUUCUCGCAGGUAAAGAGCUGCGAUGCUGCUACAAAGCGAGCGUGGAUGGAUUCAGCGCGGCUCGGUUCCACGAGCGGUGCGAUUUCAAGGGACCAUGCGUAAUUGUGGGAGAGACCGACAAGGGAGUGAGAUUUGGAGCUUUCAAUCCGGAAGGGUACAGGAGCACCGACGAUUACUUCGACACAUUUGAAGCGUUUCUGUUUUACUGGCCCUCGAAUGAGCCCGAAGCUCGUCCCGUCGUGCUCAAGAAGGUCGGUGGCAGUGGCGCUGCUCUGUUCGACUACGCGCGCGGCGGCCCGCAAUUCGGCGCCGACGGGCUGCUGAUCGGCCCUCCAUUGGCGCCCGUCAUGGGCGGCUUCUCGGGGCCGGACACGAACUCCGGCGUCGGAGAGCUCUCGGAAGCGCGCUCCAGGCUCGGCCUCUCGUACGCCACGAGGCCCGAUGGUAAGGACUCGGUGUUCGGCGAUGACAAGAAAGUGCGUCUGCUCGAGGUAGAAGUUUUCUGCUCUCCGGCCAUCGCAGAUUUAUACUGAGAAAUUACUACGGAUUAUCAUGAGCCCCCGUUUUGGGGCCGUGCUGCCAUGGCUUUUCGAGAGGUCGAUUGGUGAUCUCUCCACUCACACUUGUGGCCCCGCUCACUGAGAUGUCAUGGAAGUAAACGGCAAAGUGUCUGCUUGGGAUUUGUUGCCCUUCGAAUGCCAUAAUGAGGCGUAGAUUUCAGCAUCCUGCGAUUACCCUUUCUCAACGAUCUGACGAAUAAUGAAAUCUUGCAGACUUCCCCGAGAAGCGCACAAAGCAGCCUGACGAAUGUUCUCGGCGCAUUGACAAUGAGUAGACGAUAGAUUCAAGCAUUCCCCGGUCUGUGAGACUGUUCAGCCACAAUUGUGGGCUUCUUGUAAAGGAUUAGACGAAUGCUUCGAUGCUUUCUUCGGAACCUAAGAUUAGAGGUAUAAGUGGCUACGAAGCUUCCAGAAUGAGCUUGUCACGGCGUCAUCUUCGAACGCUCGGGAAAGGGAGUGAUCUUGCUUGGACUGCGACCGCAGUGAUUCAAGAAUUCAGACAAUAGGCAAGAUUUUGGCCUUUUCUUCAACCAUUCUACUCGAUGCUCCCUUUGUGCGAUCAUAUGUUGGCUUCGAAUGCGCCUUCCUUACCAUUCGUCGUCGGAGGGGCCGGCAGAUCAGCCUGAGAGCCCACGGAACGAUCUCUUAGAGGUACGUCGAGUUGCUUGUGGAUUAUUUACAAAGAACGCAACCCCAUCUCAGAUCACGAAGGCUUGAGCUCGUUUCG